GAUUUAUCUUUCUUUAUGUGUGAUUUCUUUUCAUCUAUGAUUUCUCUCUUGCAUUGUUGAGAGCAUUUUGUUCGUUGUUUGAAGUUUCGUCAAUUUCUUUUCAUCUUAUUCUUCCUUUGACUCCGGUAAUCUCUCACAGGUGUUCUCCAGAUGCUUAAAAAAUGUCUUAGGAUAUCAAUGUUCAGCAAUUAAUAACUGAUAUUGACAAUAACAAUUUGUCAAUUGUACAAGAAAGGAAUGAGUAUGAUUCACAAGAGAUUACAAGUGUUGUUGCCUCUCAUGAUGUGGUAAGAGCUAGAGAAUGUGAAGAAAUGUCAGGUGAAGAUGACAUUACUAGUUGGAUGCCUCAUGAAAGGAUGCAAUUUCCUUCGGAGAAAGAAGCUCGUGAGUUUUACAAUGAAUAUGCUAGGAGAGUGGGAUUUAGUAUUCGAACGGAAUCAUCAAAGAGAUCCACCUCUUAUGGACCUGUUGAUAGAAAAUAUUAUGUUUGCUACAAGGCUGGUAAGAAGAGACCUUACGUGCCUAAAUAUAAACCGUCAUGUGAACGUCCAAUCCAAGAGACAAGGGAGGUAAUGGAUCAAUACAAGUUAGCAAGGUGUGGACCUUCAAAAAUUGCAAGACUCUUGAAUGUCACAGGCCAAGUUAUGCAACAAUUCUUAGAGGUGACUGCCUCAGAUGAAAAUUUCUACCAUAGCAUGGAGCUUGAUGAAGAUGGUGUUUGUAGGAGCAUGUUUUGGGUAGAUGGGAGAGUAAGGGAAAUGUAUCAACAUUUUGAUGAGACAGAAGCUACUUUUGUAUGGUUACUUAAACGAUGGCUAUCAUGCAUGGGGGGUAAAGAAUCAGGUGCAAUCAUCACUGAUCAAGACCCGACAAUCACAAAUGCUAUUAAGAAGGUCUUUCCGAACACACCCCAUAGGUUUUGCAUGUGGCACAUCUCACUUCAUGCAGAUGAGCACCUUCGUUCAUUAAGAUCAUCAUAUAAUCCUGGGUUUGAUGAACAGUACUAUAAGUGGGUAAAAAGUAGUAAAACCAUUGAAGAAGCUGAGAGUGCUUGGAAAGAGUUGAAAGACAAAUAUAAGCAUGAGUUUGUGAAGCCAUUAACUGAUAAGCAACAUAAUGAAAUGAAGUCUUGGAAGUGGUUGGAAAACAUGUAUGAACAACGAUAUAGUUGGGUUGAUGUAUAUUUGAGAGACACAUUUUUUGCUGGAAUGAGAUCAAGUCAACGAAGUGAGAGCAUUAAUUCAUUUUUUGAUGCUUAUGUGAACUCUAAAACUCCAUUGUCUGAGUUUGUUGGCCAAUAUACUAGAGCAUUACAAUCUUGGCGUGAUCAAGAAGUGAAUGAAGACAUGCAGACCAUGAAAGUAAAGCCAAAUCCCCUUAACUUACAUCUUAUUGAAGUCCAAGUGGGAAAUAUAUACACUAGAAAAUUUUUUGACAAAUUUCAAAGUGAAUUUAAAGCAUGUUUCUAUUGUAUGCAUGAUGAAGUGAACACUUGUGACGAGGUGACCACAUAUGUUGUUACUUAUGGGUUGGGAAAGAUGGUUGAUUCACAAUUUGUACGAUGUGGACCAUCAGUUGAGGAAUUUGCUUGUAUAUGUGGGAAGUUUGAGACUGUUGGUAUAUUAUGUAAGCCCAUUUUAUACAUUAUGAAGCUAUGUCAUCGAAUGAAGGAGAUUCCUAAAUGCUACAUUUUGGUUAGAUGGACCCUAACUUAUAGGCAACAUAGUAAAAAGACUGCGUGUGAAUCAAGUACUGUAUCAAAAGAUUUAGUGGUUUCUCCUUUGGAAUCAUGGAAUCUUCGAAAAUCAUUUAUGGAAGUGCAUGAACAAGCAAUAGGACACCGUGAUCAGUACAAUGCUAUGGUACCAUUAUUAGAGGAUAUGAUGAAGCAGUUAGAUAGAGUUAACAAGCAAUAUGAAGGUUUGGUUCUUGAACAAAAUGCUAGCACUUCAGCAAUCUCCCAAGGUGCAAUUUUGAGUAAUAUAACAAUUCGUGAUCCGGAAAGAGCUAAAACCAAAGGUCGACCAAGAGAACUUGGUAGGAUUCCAUUUGGAAAACAAGUGUCACAAAAAGCAUCUCAAGCAAGGACACGAACUUGUAGCAUGUGUGAUAUCAAAGGUCACGAUGCUAGGACUUGUGGAAAGACAAAGGAGAAGGUGGCAACUAAUGAUAGUUUAAGCCAACCACUACAUGAAGAGGAGUGACUUUGAUGACAUAAAGCUAUAGAAUAAUAGGUGGUUAUAAAUCUCCAUUAAUUUUCAAUCAUUUCCUCUUAUAUUUGAUUUGUUUGAUAAAUAUAAUGAUUGUUGUGCU